ACCGGGACUAGAAGAAUGCCCGGCUCAAAGGAGUCUGACUGGCUGGCGCGGCUAGCCAAUGAGAUCACGUUAAAUGCUGUAAAGGGAAGCAUCCGUGACACGGCACGAGCUUGGAUUACCUGGGUUUUUUCAGUUUGUGCUUUGUGUUGAACGUUCCAAUAGGGAUCGCUUAGUCGCUGCUGUUUAGAUAGCGCCUUUUGCUUUCUCCUUCGUUAUGGCAGUGCAAGCUUGCCUGCUCCGCUGUCUACCUUGGCCGGCGGUCUUUCAGAGCCCGUGCUUGCAACUCGAGCCCGAGUUUGAUUUCCAGCAGUUUCGCGAUGCGGUGGAUAACUUCAUAUCCGAUCCAUCCUCUCUGAUGCCACCUCUACUGGACUCUCCUGAUUUUCCUUUCCCUGUGGAUGAUGGAAGAGCUUUCAGUCCUUGCUUUCAUCAGCCUGCACAGGAUGAUUCUGUUUCUCAGAUAAAUGUCACAAACAUCUCUUCCACUGAGCAGUACUGGAAAGACUUGGCAGAUCACAACCAGAAAGCACUGGGGGAUGCACUUGUGGAAAACAAUCAGCUCCAACUGACACUGACUCAAAAGCAGGAGGAGAUUGCUUCUCUGAAGGAAAGAAAUGUCCAGCUGAAGGAACUGGCCAGCCAAGCAAAGCAGCUUGCCUCUGUGUUGGAUAAGCUGAUGAUCCCACAAUGCAAAGACAGUGCAGAUUUCUCCCUUGCCAAUGGUCCCAACAAGAGAAGCCUCAAGCAGGUGUCCAUUGCUGAACAAGAGGAUGACAUGGAAGUGAAUGAAAUUUUGCAAGAAAUAUCAGACAGAUGCAAUGCAGCCUUGGAGUCCAUUGAUGACAACAGAGGCCCAAAGCGCCCGCGUGGAGAGAAUGAAGCAAUUCAUAUGUAUGGAGCUUUCCAGGGGUUGCAGACAUACAGCAGCCACAGCUGCCUGGACCUCAGUGGCAGUGAACUCGAGGAAGGGGUGUCCUUCCGGACAGCUAUCAAAGAGCAUUGUAACAUUCGGACACUGGCCUUCCCUCAAGGCAAUGCAUUUACAAUCAGGACAGCCACUGGGGGCUAUAAGUUUAGAUGGGUUCCCAGCUGAUUGAAGUGGGAUGCAAUCAGCUAACUACACUUGCCUCACCUUUCAGUGACUUCCUGCCAAAGAAUUGCUCAUGUUAAUUCUUAGUGUUGCUUCCACCAAGGCAUUUCAGAUGUUUGCUGCUUAUGGCUAACUUAUGUAAACCAGAGUUGCUAAUAUUCAGCUGCAGGUUAGGACAUCUGUUUAAAACUCACAUAGAUGUUUUUCUUCCCCCUAUUCCAUUUAUUGGAACCCCCCCCCAAGUAAUAAGAACCUUACGUUCUUUACUACCACUGUGCCUUAAGAAGGUUGAUGUCAAUUUUUGUUGUUAUUAAUAACUUUUGUUUUGGAUCCCUGAUCUAUUAACCUAUUCCCUAAUUGGAAGCCAUGUCCUCUUCUUUAUGCUUCUAUAACAUUUUCACUAAUCUUUGUUUGAUAGCAUUUUGAUGACUCUUCUCUUCCUCCCCCUCCAUCAGUGGGGAUUGAUGUUUGUUUCCUUUAAGUAUCCUACAGCAGGAACUACUUACAAAGACUGAAGGAUUUCCAUCAUGUGUCUAAUGUACAUUUGUCAGCAAGAGAGAAAAUAGUAUAAAUAAUUCACUCUAUUUCCAAUGUUCAGGUGUGAGUACCAUUUCUUAUGUAGCCAAAACAACACCAUCCAUACACAAGAGGAAGAUAUCAGCAGGCCCUGCUGAACCCCAAGGUUUGUAGAAUGGGGAAAAAUAGGGGGGACACAGAAAAUGGCGCAAAGAGGACUGAGCAUGGUCAGUGGCCACAGAAUGCUGGCUGAGUGACUGCGGAGUGGGGAAGGGAACCUAAAACAGGGUGGGGGGAGAAUGGAAUGGCAGAAGGGUGUUGCUGACUAGAACAGUGAUUAGGAGAGCUCCACAAAGCAACAUUUUGUUGCAGUUCCUAUUUGUAACUUCUGACCUCUUAAGGCUAGAUAAAGUAUUUCUAUGGAAUUCUGAAAAAAUAGUGAUCCUUGGUGCUUUCUGGAUCAGCCUACAUCUUAAACAGAAGAUGGGGAUGGCAUGUUUACUCAGAAAUACUGAGUCCAAUGGGACUUAACUCUUAGGUGUGGGGGACAGCACUGCAGCUUAAGAAAAUUGUUAGCAGAUUUGUAAAUAUUGGCAAGCAACCGUGCAGGAGAGCUUUUGUAAAUGGAAAGCUCUUUUCCAGCUCUUACUGCCACAAAUGGCUUGCUUUACAGUGUAUAGGCAUGCAGGCUGAUCACUUUUUCUUUUGAGCUAGUAAUUUUAUUUACAAGGUUGCUUUACACCUAGUAUCUCUUAUGGUAAGCCAUUUUAUGUCAAAACUGUUUACCUAGCAGUAUAGAAAUUAUGAAGUACAUGAUCUCCUCCAUUUUAUUCAAAAUGUGCCUUGAAUAGUCACAAUAUUCUAUCUAAAUGGAGGGGGGGAUUUUCUGAAGGACUCAGCUUCUGGUUUAGGAAGGGUGAGGCUGCUAUUACUUUGGGUAUUGACACAGGUAGGGGGAACAUAUUGUUGGGGAAAUCUUCUAUGAAGGAUAAAUAUAAAAGGAGUUUUCUGGUGACUAGUAGAAUUUG